CUCAGGACCGGGACAUGGCCCGUGGGGGAGGAGACGACGGAUAGGCACAAGCGAUGCGAUGUGGGGGCGGGGCCGAUAUCGCAUUUCAUUCAUAAUGGUCGCCUCGACGCCGUGUCAAGCCCAUCCCCGCAACUCGACGCCGUGUCAACGUCCACCCCCACACUGCGGCUCACUACUUGACCUCUGAACCAUCCACAUUCACUCGCCCGCCCAGCCCGUCAUGUCUAAAGACGUCGAGGCGCAAGCCGUCUACUACGACGAGAAGACCCCCACUUCGGUCGAUGUCGAGGAAGCGAAGGACGCCGAUGGAGGCAUGGUCGAGCCCGGCCUGCACCGGGGCCUCAAGGACCGUCACAUCCAGAUGAUUGCCCUCGGCGGUGUCAUCGGCACGGCUCUCUUCCUUGGCACUGCACCAGCCCUCGCGGACGGUGGACCUGCCGGCAUGUUCCUUGGUUUUGCGAUGAUGGGCACGGUCGUGUACUCGAUGAUGGCGUGCCUGGGUGAGAUGAUUGUCCACACUCCCAUUGCUGGUGGUCACAUUGCUCUGGCGCAGCGAUAUGUCGGCGAGUCCAUGUCCUUCGCCAUGGGCUGGUUCUACUGGUACCUCUGGACCAUCCUCUACCCGGCCGAGCUCGCAGCCUGUGCGGUACUCAUCGGCUACUGGCUCCCCGACGUUAACGUCGCGGUCUGGAUCACCGUCUGCCUGGUUGUCUGCACUUUCCUCAACUCGUGGAGCGUUAAGGUGUACGGCGAGAGCGAGUUCUGGUUCGCCCUCACCAAGAUCAUCCUCAUCAUCGGUCUGAUCUUCGCCUCCGUCAUUGUGUCCGCCGGUGGCAACCCGAAGGGCGAGGUCAUCGGCUUCAAGUUCUGGGGCGGUGAGAACGGCCCUUUCCGUCAGUACCUCGGCAUCCAGGGAAGCCUGGGCCAGUUCCUUGGUUUCUGGGCCACCCUCACUCGCGCUGCCUUCGGCUACUGCGGUCUCGAGAACGUCUCGAUCGCCGCCGGUGAGGCCGAGGACCCAAAGAACAACAUGGCCAAGGCCAUCAAGCGUGUCUGGAUCCGUAUCGUCAUCUUCUUCGUCUGCACCUCUUUCGUCAUCACCCUCAUCAUGCCCUCGAGCGACCCCAACCUCCGCCUCGGCACCGGUACCGCCGCCUCGUCGCCCUUCGUCCUCGCCUUCACUCGCGUCGGCAUUUCUGCCCUCCCGUCGGUCAUCAACGCUGGUGUCCUUUGCUCGGCCACUUCGGCGGCUAGCGCGCACAUGUAUCUCUCGACCCGUGCUCUCUGGGCACUCUCGCACAACGGCCGCGCUCCCGCCAUCUUCAAGCGCACCAACCGCUGGGGCACUCCUUACCUGUGUGUUAUUGCCACCUUCUGCUUCGGCCUCCUUGCCUACACCGCCGCAGGCAACAAGACGGCGUGGCAGAUCUUCGACUACUUCUCCUCGAUGAUCGCCGUCGUCGGCCUGAUCUCUUGGUGCGGCAUCGGCUUCAUCUACAUUCGCUUCCACAAGGCCUGCAAGGUGCAGGGCUUUGACCGCGCGCGUCUUACCAAGUACCGGACGCCCGACUUCCUGCAGCCUUUCCUUGGCUACUACACGCUCAUUUUCUCCGGUCUCGUCGUCAUCUUCAACUCGUGGCGCGUCUUCAUGAAGGGGCGUUGGGAUGUCGCCGUCUUCAUCGUCGGCUACCUUCCGAUUCCGCUCUUCUUCAUCGCCUACUUCGGCCACAAGGCCUGGAAGAAGGACAAGAUGGUCCCCCUCGAGCUUAUCGACCUCGAGACCAACUCGCACGAAGAGGACUUCGGCGAGCCCAAGCCUCUCCCGACGACCCUCUGGGGCCGCUUCGUCCACGCCAUCAUCUAAGGCAAGGGAGGGCUCUGUUCAUAUCAAGUAUCGUAUUAGCGGGGUCAGCAAGGAGUGACCGCCGCCGUAAAGUCUGUGUGUCUCGGGUAGGGUUAGUCAGUAGCACGUCGCGUGUGAAGUACCGGGUAGGUAGUGGGGGUGUAAAGAGAGAGGGGGAAAUAGUUCAAAGUCGUUGUCCAGUGCUCUCCGCACACGCACAUGCAUCUCACGUUCAUGAAAA